CUCUUGGUCCUGGUCUGCGGCGCGCGGUGUUGUUUGGGCUGCGUGAGGCAGGAAGGGCCGCGUGGAGCACCACUAUGGCCUGCUUCGGCGACGACCUCUUCGACUUCGUGGAGGACGAGGGCGGCAGUCAGGUGCAGGUCUUGCCGGACACCGAGGAAGUGAGCAAGGACGAGAGUGAGAAAGCGGCUGAAGAACUCAACCUCCUCCUUGGCAAACGAGGAAGUGAUGAUGAUGACUCAAAGAGUAAAAAGAAAGUCAAGAAGCUGCGCUCCCAGGUGGAGGCAGCAGAGUCCGAGUUGAGGUUAACAGAAGAGAUGCCCAGGAUAAGUAUCCACACAAUAGAAUCUGUGGAGGCUUGUACACACGAGGUAGCGGUCCCUCCUGGAGAAAUGUACGUGCCACUCAAACCCCCUAAAGAAAAGCCAGCUCGAACCUAUCCAUUCCUACUGGAUCCUUUCCAAAAAGAAGCAAUAUUAUGCAUUGAUAACAACCAGUCAGUGCUAGUAUCUGCCCACACAUCAGCUGGCAAGACAGUUGUUGGAGAAUAUGCAAUAGCAAUGUGCCUACAGAACAAGCAGAGAGUUAUAUACACGACUCCCAUCAAAGCUCUGAGUAACCAGAAGUACAGAGACUUUAGUGAUGAGUUUACUGAUGUGGGACUCUUAACAGGCGACGUGACCAUCAACCCAAACGCUUCUUGCCUCAUCAUGACAACUGAAAUUCUACGUUCAAUGUUGUAUCGGGGCUCAGAGGUGACAAGGGAAGUUGGCUGGGUUAUCUUUGAUGAGAUCCAUUACAUGAGGGAUAAAGAACGAGGCUACGUGUGGGAGGAGACCAUCAUCCUGCUGCCUCCCACUGUUCACUUUGUGUUCCUGUCAGCCACCAUUCCCAAUGCAAGUCAGUUUGCCCAGUGGAUCUGCCACCUGCACCACCAGCCCUGCCACGUAGUGUACACAGACUACCGGCCCACGCCGCUGCAGCACUACAUAUUUCCUUCAGGGGGGGAAGGCAUAUACUUGGCUGUGGAUGAAACAGGAAAGUUCAGGGAAGAUAAUUUCAACACAGCAAUGACUGUCUUGCAGAAUGCACCAGAACAGGGUAGCGUGAGAGGGAAAAAAGGUGGCGUCAAGGAUAGCUCGGACUGCUUCAAGCUCGUAAAAAUGAUCAUGGAACGUAACUUUGCCCCGGUCAUUAUUUUCAGCUUCUCCAAAAAAGAGUGCGAGGCUUAUGCCCUUCAAAUGUCAAAACUUGAUUUUAAUUUAGCAGAAGAAAAGAAGCUUGUGGAUGAAGUGUUUCAGAAUGCAAUUAGUGUUUUAUCAGAGGAAGACAAACAGUUGCCUCAAGUUGUCUCUGUGCUGCCUCUGCUGAGAAGAGGAAUUGGCAUCCAUCACGGAGGUCUAUUGCCAAUAAUCAAGGAGACAAUUGAGAUCCUGUUUGGAGAGGGUCUUGUUAAAGCUCUAUUUGCCACGGAGACCUUCGCCAUGGGUCUCAACAUGCCUGCCAGGACUGUGCUCUUCACCUCUGUUCGCAAGUUUGAUGGCCACGACUUCCGUUGGCUCACGUCAGGGGAGUACAUUCAGAUGUCUGGUCGUGCAGGCCGUCGAGGUAAAGAUGACAAAGGUAUUGUGAUAAUGAUGGUUGACGAAAAGCUGAACACUUCAGUCGUCAAGAAUCUUGUCCAGGGCAAAGCUGACCCGAUAAACUCAGCCUUCCACUUGACCUACAACAUGGUGCUGAACUUGCUACGAGUUGAGCAAAUCAACCCUGAGUACAUCUUGGAGAGGUCAUUCUUCCAGUUUCAGAACUAUUCUUCCAUUCCAGAGUUGUGUGAUCGUGUAAGAAAGUAUGAAAAAGAUCUUGAUGAAGUUCACGUUCCCCGGGAGAAUGAGGUGGAGAGUUACUUCACCAUCAAGCAGACGAUAGAGAACCUCAGGCUGGAGCGCCACACCUUCAUCACCCGGCCGGUGUACAUCAUGCCCUUCCUGCAGCCAGGAAGACUUGUGUCUAUAAAAAAUAACAAUGACAAUUUUGGCUGGGGUGUUGUCCUAAGUUACAAGAAGCAGGAGGAUAAGAAGAACCCGGCUGAAGCUCCCACCAUCACGGUCGAUGUUGUUCUUCGGGUCUCUGAAGCAACAGCAGCUUCCAAGGUGGUGUCUGAGGUCAAGCCUGCAGAGCCUGGAGGAAAAAGUGAACCUGUGAUCAUGGCAGUGGCACUGAAGUGCAUCCAGGAUGUGUCUGCUGUGAGACUCAAGCUGCCGUCUGACCUCAAGCCUUUGGACCAGCGGGUUAUGGUCAUCAAAAUGAUACAGGAAGCUGUGAAAAGAGUUCCAGAAAACCAGUUUCUUUUAGACCCUGUGAAGAACAUGAAGAUUAAGGAUGAUGCUUUCCUGGAGAUUGUCAACAAAUUAGACAAGUUCAAGACCAGACUGGAGUCCCACAAGCUGCACCGAGACCCAGACCGAGACAUGCUGUAUGAGAAGUAUGAAAAGAAAAUGGAGCUGAAGAAAGAAUUGAAUAAUGCAGAGUUCGACUUAAAGAAAGCAAGGAGUCUGUUACAAAUGGAUGAGCUGAAGUGCCGGAAGCGUGUGCUGCGCAGGCUUGGGUACGCCACGUCCCAGGAUGUGAUAGAACGCAAGGGUCGAGUGGCUUGUGAGUUGUCUGCUGCUGAUGAGCUUCUCAUCACGGAGAUGUUGUUCAAUGGUCUAUUCAACAACUUAUCAGCUGCCCAAACAUGUUCUCUGUUGAGCACCUUUGUUUGUGAUGAGAAGAGCACGGAGAUGCCCAAGCUAGGAGAGGAGCUGUCAGGUCCUCUGAGACAGAUGCAGGACAUAGCUCGGCGCAUUGCUAGAGUGAGCCACGAGUGCAAAUUGGAGAUUGAUGAAUCUAAUUAUGUAGAACAAUUCAAGCCAUUUUUAAUGGAUGUUGUCUAUGAGUGGUGCAAUGGUUCAUCAUUCAUGGAUCUCUGCAAGAAAACAGAUAUAUUUGAAGGGAGCAUCAUCAGAGCCAUGCGGCGCCUUGAGGAACUCCUGCGGCAGAUGAUCCAGGCUGCCAAGGCCAUCGGGAUUGACCUGGAGAACAAAUUUUCAGAGGGCAUCAAGCUCCUCAAGAGAGAUAUUGUGUUUGCUGCAAGUCUGUACCUUUAGGUGAUAUAGAGUGUCCCACCACUGACCUAUAAAAUUAUGAUGAAAUUUUAUAGGUGAUGUUAUUUUUGGAAACAUUUCUUUACUGUAGAGAGUUUAUUUGCUGCAAGGAACAUUUGGAACUUCAGUUAGAUAAUUUUGACUUUAAAUUAAUGGAGAUCUAAGGCUGUCCUUAGACUACAACUAUUACAGUCAUAUUUUGAGUUUUCUUUACAAAUGAAUAGGUAUGUGCCCUAUUGUUAUAGUAGGAUAUCAAUGUAUUAUUAUUAUUUAAUAUCACCACGAAUUAGGCAUACAAUUGUCAAUGGAAAUGUAACGGGCUUGUCGGGGGGCGUUUAAAGGGUGUUGAUUAAGACUUCAGCUUCCUUAAGGCGAAUUAUAUUCGUAGCCUUUAUGUACAAGAAGCGACGGAGCGAGAGCGACUGUCGUUGUGUGUCAGUCGGACUCUCGUGAAGGAGUGGCGAGUUACAGGUUGGAAAAUAAUUGUUACAAUUGGUCACGUAUGUCAAGGUGACCUCCACGCACCAUCGGAGUGCGAAGUAUACAAAACUGAGACGGUAAACACUGACGGACGACAUUCCUAUAAGGUGGCGUGAUCUAUCUGUCGUGGGUUUUUUCCAUUGACAAUUGUAUGCCUAAUUCGUGGUGAUAUUAAAUAAUAAUAAUACAUUGAUAUCCUACUAUAACACUAUUCUAUAUGUAGCUAUUGAAAUGUAUAUAUAUUUUUUUUCUUUUUUCUACAUAAAUAAAAAAAUAAAAAAUAUAUCUAAUGAGAUUAUUAUUUGCACUGUGU